UCUGGUUGAACGGUUGUACUUGUCGAUCAAUAGUAGAUCCCCAGAAUCACAGACCAUAAUAAUAAAAGUGAAACGAGAAGAGUGUGUCUUGUAUUAUUAUUGUCCCCGGCCACAUUUGUGUUGUGCCAUAUUCGUGUGCUCCAUUGUCUGGGGGAAAAGCUAACCGAAAAAAAGAAAAACUGAGGCAAUUGCAACUGUGCAACAACGUGGAGCUUUUACCCGCCCGCUAUUUUGGCCGAAUAUUGGGCAAUCUCCCAACAACAUUCGACUUAACUGCUUUAUAGGCCAUGCAAAUUUGAGGCAAUCUCUGGCUUUGGUGUGGCUCGAUUUUCCAUUUUCCAACUAGGAAAAGUCAAGCAUAGAAAAAAACAAACUAGUGCAACCGUUGCAGCAGCCGCAAUUGCAAAUGAAAACGAAUUGAUUGUAAUUGUUUCUUAAAACGAAAACUAACGAGUCGUUAAAUCGCUGUACGGCACGCGGUUUUUGUUGCCUUGUCGAUCGGUUUUCAAGUGCAUGAAAGUAAGUGCGAGUGCUUGGCUAACAAAAAAGCAAACAAACAUUGCAAAAGGUCAUAAAACAACACAACACACAUAUAAAUCAAACUCAAGUAGUGGGAGUCGAAAAAUAAAGAAAACAAAAAGGAAUCGCAGCUUCCCGCCAAAAACAAAGAGCAAAAAUAAUAUUUACAGGCAGCAGACACAGCAGCAACAUGUUGCCGAGGAUAACUUUUGUGUUCAUCAUCAUUUGUGGAUAUUUAUUAUUUACUGAUUGCCGUGAAACGGUUCGCUCCAAGCGUGCCAAACGCCCACGAGCUCCAGAACCGGUCAAUUUCGAGCCGGAGCCCCAGCAGGAUCUGGAAAAUGAUGAAAGUGGCAGCCAGGAGAAGGACCUGCCGGAGAUACCGGACAACUUCCUUAGUCCAUCGGUGCGCGAGUAUCUCGAGCUGGGCAAAUCCAUUCCCGGUCGUCCCGGCGUUGACUAUCCCAUUCUGUCGGCGGUGCCGUAUACGAACUUUUACUGCGACGAGCAGGAGUAUCCUGGAUUCUUUGCCGACAUGGAGACAAGGUGUCAGGGUUGGCACUACUGCGACAUCGAUGGACGCCAGGCCACGUUCCUCUGCCCAAAUGGCACCCAGUUCUCACAGGCGGUCUUCGUCUGCGACUGGUGGUUCAAUGUGCGCUGCGAUCUCUCACCCCGGCUAUAUGCCAUUAACGCCCGACUCUAUCAGCGCCCCAAGGUGAAUCCCACUCGGCCACAUCGCAUCAUUACCAAACAACUGGUCGAGGACAUCUUCACCUGAGCCCCGCGGGAUCCUCCUUUUCAUGUAGCUUAAGUUUGCCGAUGCCUAUUAGUUAAUAGAUUAGUUCUGAUAUCAUGUGCUCUCAUUAAGGUGGAAAUUCUAACUUAAAUUAAAAGUUAUGUUUCAUAUUUAACUUUUACAGAAAUAAUUCUUUUAAGACUUCAAUCUAUGUAUUUCCAGUGGCUUCUCUCAAAAUAGACUUCUCUUAUUUUAUAUUUCAACACUCAAUAUUUCUGUAACCUGUAAAUAAGAUAUUUUUUAAAUAUCAGCUCUUAAAACCACUUUCCUUAAUACUAGGAAAAACCAUUUGUAUUUAGUGCUACCGACAAUUACAGUAACUAAAAACUUAAUGUUAAAAAAAAA